AUGGCCGAAGCCAAAGCCAAGGCCGAGGCCCUGGUGCCCAAAUUCAAGCUCGAGCGCGUCCUGAACCAAGACCAGGCCGGGCGCCGCACCUCCCUCUACGGCACCAUCGACGGCGAGCCCGCCCUGCUGAUCGCGGAGCGGGCCCCCUUCCCGACCUCGGCCGCCUACCUCGGCGCCCUGCCGGGCUCCCUCCGCACCCUACGCAACCUGGGCGCCAACGACAUCUACCACUGGUACAUGGGCAGCCCGGGUGCCGUCGACGCUAGAGACGAAGACGACGACGGCGACGGCCACGAAUCCGAGUUCGACGACCUCAAGAUCAACCUCAUCUACCCGUGCACGGAGCAGCACGUGAAAAAGUACAGCAGGCAGGGCGUGCGCCUCGUGACGGAGACGCCCGAGAUCUACCACGACCGCGUGCGGCCGUUCAUGCUCGCGAAGCGCGAGGCCGGCCGGCUGAACUGGGUCUUCAACAUCAUCGAGGGCCGCAAGGAGGCCGAGGACGUCAUCUGGCGGACGCGGCUGGGCGAGGCCGGCGACGAAGGGUUCCUGCUGCUGCCGGACCUCAACUGGGACCGCAGGACGGUCGAGGCGCUGCACCUGCUGGGCGUCGUCGAGCGGCGCGACAUCUGGAGCCUGCGGGACCUGCGCAAGAAGCACGUCCCCUGGCUGCGGCACAUGAAGGCCAAGUUCGUCGAGGCGACGGAGAAGGUCUACCCGGAGGUCGAGACGGACCAGCUCAAGCUGUACGUCCACUACCAGCCUACGUACUACCACUUUCACAUCCACAUCGUGCACGUCCAGCUCGAGGCCGGGGCGACGCAGGCGACGGGCAAGGCCAUCGGGCUGGAGAGCAUCAUAGAGCAACUAGAGUCCAUGGCCGGGGGCGACGAGGCCGGCAUGGACGCCGUAUCAUUAAGCUAUACCCUAGGGGAGGCGAGCGAGCUCUGGGCCGAGGUGUUUGAGCCCCUCAAGAAGAAGACGACCGCCACAGCUUCUCAAUCGCAAUAA